CUACUUGAAAAGUCUAGAAAUUGAGGAAAAAAUUAAUAAAAUUAGGUGGUUACCACAACAGAAUGCUGCUCAUUUCCUGCUGUCUACAAAUGGUAAGGACGCUUUUAUUUUUGCACAAACAACUUAUGUCGUUUGAACAUUAUCUCACCUGUGAUCCACUUGGGGGGUUCUCUGGAGUGUUUUGGGUUAUUUAAUGUCUUCUGUAAUUAUAUGCAAAAUAUGUUUUUAUUGUAAUACUCUGUAAAUUACUGAUUGCGAAUAUAAAAAUAAUGAAGCAGCAACAGAAUAGGCAUAGUUAGAGCUGCGUUCUGCGGAUAUACUGACCAUGCUAUCCCUUUACAUACCCUGUUACUCCGCUUUAUGGUUCUUGUAUAAACGGGUGCCCAGGAUGCUGAACUGUAGCAGAAGUCUGAAUGUGACUUGAUCAUCCUGAUUUUGAAAUUAUUUUUUUGUGUGUGAUCCUAGGUGAAUUUUUAAUAAAAGCAUUUGAAAACAGAGUGGUUACAAUGCUAGUUUGCUUUUCCAAUGCCAAGCAUCAUGUGUGCUUUGAAAAGCAACUGUUUAAAAGACAACAGUCACUCUAGGAAGAGUGUAUUUAUACCAUUGUCACUGUGUAUCUUAGAGUACAUAAAAGCAGUGCAAAAAUUACAAGCUGGGAAUUACAAGUUUUCACGCACUUUUUUUUUUUUAUUUCUUUCUUCCAGUAUUUUAGUAGUGGUUAUUAGGUAUUAGCUCUGUAUGAGCACUAGCUCUGUUUAUUUUGACGCAUCGUGGAGCAAGCCAUAAAUGUAAGUGCAGAACUGCGCAUGGAAGAACUUGCUCGUGUUGUCAGAGGAAUACGCUUGUUCCUAACAGAUUGGGUGACUUUUUGCCUUGUAUUUAAAUGACUUUGUGUAAGGGCUGAUGUCCUACCUGCUAUAUGAAAUUCUAAAAGCGGGAAUGACUCCUGUCUGCUGGACUUUGAAAUUCAAAUAAUAGUACUGUGAUAGAAGUCUUAGUAAACUUAAAGCAGUCUUUAAACUGUCAUCUUAAAUGCUUUGAAGAUCUGCAGUAGUUUGGGGAGGAGAGGUUUGUUUCCAGUUAGCUAAGGAGCUCACUCUUGGUCUGUGCUUACUAUGUGCUUGGAAGGACUCCCCUGGUAGGACCUGGGAAGUACGUGCCUUUGGACAUGGAACCCUAAAAUAAUGGGGCAAGUCCCAUUCUCACUUACUGCCUUUGCUUCUCUCUCUUAGCAGACACCUGGGACAAACUUGGUUGUCCUUAAGGUAGUUAGUGUAAGUAAUUCAUGGGUUGUGGGGGGUUUUUUUUGCCCCCUUGCAUUUAUCCGUUACAAAUUAUUUAGAUAGUCAUACAGGGCUUACUGGUGAACUUUGGUAUUUUGUGUGUGAAUUUACCUUGGGAAGAGUGAUUCUGGUGAAUGGUAGGCCUAGGGCUUUAUUGUUCAGGCAGAAACUUGUAUUUUAUUCAAACUGAACGUUACAUUGGAGUUAAAAUGGAAUCCAUCUUUUUUUCCUCUCUGUUGACUGCUAUUUUUGUGCAUUUCCCAUCCGCAUCCUCCAGGUGCGUGGGUUUUUCCAUGUAUCGGUUCUUCCUAAGCAGUACAGCUGAAGGCAAAGCACGUCAAGUACGCUCCAUGUGACACUGUUGUCUAAAGGACUCCAGCAGGGGCCUUUCUGUUGCAAGCAGAGGAAACCCAGAGAGAUAAAUAAUAUCCACUCUGCUGACUCCAUUACUUAGUGAUUUUAUUUUGAAUUUAAUUCAUUCUCAAGCCUGUGAAUUUUUGUUGAUUUUAGAUAAAACUAUUAAAUUAUGGAAAAUAAGUGAAAGGGAUAAAAGAGCCGAAGGUUAUAAUUUAAAAGAUGAAGAUGGAAGACUUAGGGAUCCUUUCAGAAUCACAGCACUACGGGUGCCAAUAUUGAAACCCAUGGACCUAAUGGUAGAAGCAAGUCCCAGAAGGAUAUUUGCGAAUGCACAUACUUAUCACAUAAACUCUAUUUCAGUAAAUAGUGAUCAUGAAACAUACCUUUCUGCAGAUGACCUAAGAAUUAACCUAUGGCACUUAGAAAUCACAGAUAGAAGUUUUAAUAUUGUAGAUAUUAAGCCUGCUAACAUGGAGGAGCUGACAGAAGUGAUUACUGCUGCAGAGUUCCACCCUCAUCACUGUAACGUGUUCGUCUACAGUAGUAGCAAGGGAACUAUUCGACUCUGUGACAUGCGUUCCUCAGCCCUCUGUGAUAGGCAUUCAAAAUUUUUUGAAGAACCUGAGGAUCCUAGCAGCAGAUCAUUUUUUUCAGAAAUAAUAUCAUCGAUAUCUGAUGUAAAAUUCAGUCACAGCGGUCGAUACAUGAUGACGAGAGACUACCUUUCUGUUAAAGUGUGGGAUCUCAAUAUGGAAAACAGGCCUGUAGAGACAUAUCAAGUUCAUGAGUACCUUCGAAGCAAGCUUUGUUCCCUUUACGAAAAUGACUGCAUCUUCGACAAAUUUGAAUGCUGCUGGAACGGUUCUGAUAGCGCUAUCAUGACUGGAUCUUACAACAAUUUCUUUAGAAUGUUUGACCGAAACACACGACGGGAUAUCACCCUAGAAGCAUCCAGGGAGAGCAGCAAACCUCGUGCCAUCUUGAAGCCGCGUAAAGUGUGUACAGGUGGUAAAAGAAAGAAGGAUGAAAUAAGCGUUGACAGUCUGGACUUCAACAAGAAGAUUCUUCAUACAGCGUGGCAUCCCAUGGAGAACAUCAUUGCUGUAGCUGCCACCAAUAAUUUGUAUAUAUUCCAGGACAAAAUUAACUAAAGAUGACUUACCUGAGGACAGUCUCGUCAUCUUGCAUAGUUAAGCUCAGUUGUUUAUCUGUAAAUGAGAAGGCCUUGUUGUCCUACCAGUGAAGAACAUUGAUGCACUUACUUCCCUUUAGAUAAAGGAGAGGAUCUGGCCUGGGGUUUGAGUUCACGGUGUAGUUCUGCCUUCGGUGGGGGUAGGGAGCGUCGGUCGCAGUUUUCUGGGAGACACCCUCUAGAGGCAGAAUCGAUGGACAGUGCUCGGUAAGGCCAAUACUCAACACAAAUGUAUUUAUUUCAGUCUGAGCCUUCCUUUCCAGUUUAUAGACCAAAAAUUUAACACCCAAGAAGAAAAAAUUGUCAUAAAAAUGUAAUUUCUAUCUCUCGCGCUCUUUCUCUGCUGUAAUAUUUGGGCCUUUCAAAACAUAUAUUGUGCUUAACGCCUGUAAACAUUCCUCCUCUGGCCUGUAUCUAGGCUUAGGUGUUUUUACCUUUGAGCACUUAGGUAGGUCUUGAGUUGGGUUCGUAGACAGGUUUCCAUGAAUAUUUACUCACCAACUGUAUCUAUAACCACACCUUCUGGUGUAAACCACUUAAUAAAAUAACAAGCUAUAAAAAGUGUUUUUAAAUCUGAAGGUAUGUAUUCAGUCUUUUUUUUUUUUUUUUUUUUUUUAAUUGCAUGUACUGAGAUUGUGCAAAAUAAUUCCGAUGGGCAGAUCGGACAAGGUUUGCCCCAAAACACUGAUUUUUGGCAGACUAAUACAGACUUUUUUUUGUGUAGUCUUUCAAAUUCUAAAUUGAGAGUUUCUAUGAAAUUGUCGGUUAGUUUAAGUUGCACUGGUUUUCUUGUCAAAUGCUGUCUGUGUGCCCAGCAGGAGAUGGAAAAGGUUAGCAUAGACACGUCCACAGCCUUAACAGAAAGCGACCGCCUCGCACAGAAGGGAAAACAAAACGUUUAACAAAUUCUUCUCCUUUGAAGAGAAAAGCUCCCUUUUUCUGAUGCCUCUCGACGUUCGAUAGAGACAUAACCUGACGUGCAUUAUGGUUUUUUAACCUUUUUAGUAUUUGUCACGAAGGUAGUUUAUUUUAAAUAUUCUGUGUAAUAUAUUGUAUUCCACAUUGCAGGUCAAGCCAGCAAAAAAACAAAACAAAACAAAAAAAAAAAAACAAAAAUCUUGCUUAUGCCAAGCAGCAGCGCAGGUUAACGCCUUCUAGCACGCUGCGACGUCAACGCCGAGGUGUCAGGGAACAGUGAGGCUACGAGCUGGCGUUACCUGCGGUGGCUCUAACUCCGUUCUUGCUAACGUUUUUUUAAGCCUUAGGUACUUUUUUUUUUUUUGGUUUGUUUUUUUUUUUCUUCUUUUUUUUCUUUCUCCUCCAAAGAGGCCUAGAAUGCCUCAGCCCUCCCCUCGCCCUCGGCUAGCCGGGGUGAGAAGCCGUCCCGAAGCCGUUGCAGCACGUUGUAGGGGCACCGAGGAGCUAGAGGCCACGCUCUGUGAAAUGUGCCUGCAAAUCAGAAACCCUUGCUGAGAAACGAGAUCCCUCGAGCGUCCCAGAGGAAAUGACAGCAGUGGGGGUUACGCUCCCGUUUUCUUGAAAUGAAGGUGUGUUACGAUUGCGGGCUCGGAUCCGCGUAGGCAAGAGCGAAACGUCUCCGGCCUUACCCUCCCGAUUCCUGUCCGUAGAGUGCCACUCGUGCCCACAGUAAGCUAGUAGGUACAGCUAACCCGGAGGUUCUACAAAUAACGCUUAAAUGAAGAAAAAAACAAAAAAAAACCCCAAACCUUAUCCUGUAUAUUGGUUGUGACACUAUUUGAAAACUCUUGAAACGCGGAACUCCCGGGUCACGAACGCGUGAGAUUUGACCUUGUUCCUCAGAUACCGAGCAGAGCGGGUGCGGUGGGGUUGUACAUACUUGUUCAUUUAUUUUGACCAAAAAGUUUAAUAAAUUUUAAAUGUUUACCUGGACUUGCUCUGUGUAUUUUGACGACGUUUCCUUCCGUUUGUGAGGGCGAUGGGCGAAAUGAGCCCGCCUGAAGAUUGUUUGUGUCUCCGUUUUAAGCGGUUGGUUUCCGCAUGGUCGUACCUCUCGCUCAGAGCUGCCUGUUCAUACGCAGUGAAUCUAUUAGUGCUGUCUAUUUUUGAUCUAUUUUUUCAGCAGAUGUAAGUGGAAUAUGAGUAAAAAGAAAAAGGACAUGAUGAAAUCUUCUA